AAUCCCUUUUCAUUUUCAGGGUCCCUGGAAUGAACGCGCUUGUCUCGCUUGGGGGCGUCUUGGAAUUGUAGAUUCCAUCAUCCAGAAUAUGGCCCUUUGGAGGUCUUCUCUUCCAUCCCCCCGCCCAUGGCUAGGUAUCGAAGCCAUUCCGGAGAGAUGGAACUCCUCUUUUUCCUGGGAUGGAGCUUCCACCAUCCACCUCCUCCACUGGUCCCAGCGUCUCCCUGGGAGGCUUUGCUAAAACCUGCCCCUCCCCCUUGCCUCUUGCAGCCCCUCUUCCUGUCCCCGGGGCACGAUUCCUCCACUCCUGCGCCUUUUAGUCUAGAGAAAGGUGGGGACAGCUGGUGGCGGGUAGAGGGCAGGCAGGUGUGCGGGGGAGCCUCCCACCGCUACCCAGGCGAUCAGGGCCAGGGCGGCGGGAAGCAGGCUUCCCGGGCGGGAUUGGAAGCUAAUCGGCCAGACUGUUCACGAGGUAAUCCGGCUGAAUGCUCACACCCGAACCAGGUUAGCAGGCAGCUCCCCGGGUGGGGAGAGCAGCGGUCUUACUGCCUCGCCCCGCAGCUUCAUUAAGCGGAGCGUGUCCCGGACUCAGCCCGCCCACGGGAACGCGCUCCUUUCUCCACGUGGCGCGACCAGCGCCGGUGCGCCUAGGGCGCAGCUCCGGGGAGGCCCGGUAGCCGCUGGCGAGGGGUGGGGGAGGAGGCAGCGGCAGCAGGCUGGGGCGGGCACGUCCAGACGGAGCUGAGCCGCGAUGGAAUUAGUCCCGCGACUGAAUAAGCCGGUGCAGACGCCAGAGCAGCCCCAGCAGAGGGGCAGUCCCGGUUUCCUGCCCUGCGCGCCCGCACCAUGGCCACCCCCGGGCUGAGCGGUGAGUCCCCCCUGCCGGGGACCCUGGUCCUGACGAGUUGUAGAAGGCAGAGGGGCUGGGAGUGAAGGACACGGCAUCUUACCCCUUGGGAUUUGUGACCCCAAGUGAACCUGGAAUGGUGGUUCCAGAGCUGAUCCUUUUCUCCCAGGAUGGGGAAGGCGAGGGAUGCCUGAGUACUUUCCUGGAGCUCAUUUCCAAUCAAGGAGAGAAGAGGUAGGACGAGAGGCAGAAGAUAUCUCCCUGCUCCCUGGCUCGCCACGCCGGCUGUGCCCCCGGGCAGUGGUCAGAGGGCGCCAGGGCCCCAAACACGGACAGCAAUGCCUCCAGGUGCCGCGUCCCGGAGCCCAGGGUCUCCAGGGCAGUCUCACCCGACGUUCCAGCCAGGCGUCCGGUGGAGGGAACUUCCCAAACAGCUCUGCGAGUACUAGGGUCAUCAACGACUAUCUGGAGGCCAGCGAGCCGCUGUCCUCGGAGCCCCGUCGGAGCCGCAUGCACUUCCACGACAACCAGAGGAAGGUCGACUACGUGCUCGUCUACCACUACCGGAAACGCGGGGCGCCCCCCGGCCACGGCUCCCAGGGCCCCUCGCUGGCGAUCUUCUCUAAUGGCGAGACGGGCAAGGACCCCGACGCGGGGGCUCCCGGUGACAUCGAGCUGGGGCCGCUCGACGCCCUGGAGGAGGCGAGGAAGGGGCAGCGGGAGGAGUUUGAGCACCACCUGCUGGAGGCCGGGCUGGAGCUGGAGAAGGACUUGGAGAGUAAAAGCCAGGGCUCCGUCUUUGUCCGGAUCCAUGCCCCAUGGCAAGUGCUGGCCCGAGAGGCGGAAUUCUUGAAGAUCAAAGUUCCCACCAAGGAAACGUACGUGAUCAAGUCAGGAGGCAGCAUCGCGAAGACGUUCAACAAGAUCCUGCAGAAGCUGAGCGCACCCCUGAAGCCCCGAGUGCCCGAGCACAGUGACAACAGGAUGAAAAUCCUCUCCUACCCGUUCUCCAGGGAGAAAAUGCACCUAAAGUAUUUUGGAGAAAAAAUUGGCCUGUACUUCGCCUGGCUGGGGUUGUACACAUCCUUCCUCAUCCCACCGUCUGUCAUCGGGGUCAUCGUGUUCCUUUAUGGAUGUGCAACGAUGGACGAGGAUAUUCCCAGCAAAGAGAUGUGUGACCAACAGAAUGCCUUCACCAUGUGUCCCCUGUGUGACAAGUCCUGUGACUACUGGAACCUCAGCUCAGCCUGUGGAACGGCGCAGGCCAGCCACCUGUUUGACAACCCGGCCACUGUCUUCUUCUCCAUCUUCAUGGCUCUGUGGGCCAGGUGCUGUUCCCAGGUGAACAGAGGCAGGUACGAGCCGAAGAAGAGUUUGCGGUCCUGUUACUACGCUGCAGACCUGAAUGGCAGCCGACAGUCCAGUGCGGCAGCUACCAUGUUUCUCGAAAACUGGAAGAGAUUACAGAUGCGACUGGGCUACUUCUGGGAUCUGACUGGCAUAGAAGAGGAAGAAGAGCACUCGCGGCCCGAGUAUGAAACCACAGUUCGGGAGAAAAUGCUGAGGGAGAGCGACAAGUCUCUGAUCCAGCAGUUGGGAGCCGGUGGGGCCGGGGAUCCGGAUGAAGAAGAUAAGCUGACCUGGAAAGAUCGUCUCCCAGGUUACUUGAUGAACUUCGCCUCCAUCUUGUUCAUGAUCGCCCUGACGUUCUGCAUCGUCUUCGGGGUCAUCGUCUACCGCAUCACAGCCGCCGCUGCCCUGUCUCUCAGCAAGGCCACGCGCUCCAGCGUCCGGGCGACUGUGACGGCCACGGCGCUCUUUAUCAACCUCGUGGUCAUCCUCAUCCUGGACGAGAUUUACGGCGCCGUGGCCAAGUGGCUCACCAAAAUCGAGGUUCCAAGAACAGAGCAGACAUUCGAAGAGCGCCUGGUGCUCAAGGCUUUCUUGCUAAAGUUUGUCAAUGCCUACUCACCCAUCUUCUAUGUGGCCUUUUUCAAGGGGAGGUUUGUGGGCAGACCUGGAAGCUACGUUUAUGUGUUUGACGGUUACCGCAUGGAAGAGUGCGCCCCUGGGGGCUGCCUCAUGGAGCUGUGCAUCCAGCUCAGCAUCAUCAUGUUGGGGAAACAGUUGAUCCAGAACAACAUCUUCGAGAUCGGAGUCCCGAAGCUAAAGAAACUAUUUCGGAAGAUGAAAGAUGAGACAAAGCCUGGAGAAGCUGACUCUGCCUGUUCAAAGCAUCCAGGACAGUGGGAUCUAGACUACAGCUUGGAACCAUACACUGGACUGAUGCCAGAGUACAUGGAAAUGAAAUCUUGACAUGUGUCCAAGCGAAUAAGAAUUACAGCAUCACAGCAAACCAGACCUGAAGGGAAUUUAAA